AUGUUGAAGAUGUCUGAUGAUAUCCAGCAGUUGUUUGCACAUUACCUGUCCACACAGCAAGCCCUGAUUGUAGUGACUUCAUCUGCACAGUAUGAAGAUUCUACAAAGGUGACUCUAAUACUGCAGACACAGAGUGAGCUCGUGUACACUGGAGACACUGUGACUCUGGAGUGCAUCGUUGUUGAGCCCUUUGAUAUUUGGAUGCAUCGAUGGUUCAAAAAUAGAAAGCCAAUCUGGAGGGAAACUAAAGAAAACACUCACAUAUUUCAGUCUGUGACUCAGUCUGACAGUGGAGAGUACCAGUGUGAUGCCUACAGACGGGAUACUCUUAAGGUGUCAGAGCGCAGCAGUGCUGUCGUACUGAAUGUUCAAGAAAGGACAGCCACAUUAAAGGUGAUCUCUGGACAUACAGAUGGACGAAUAUAUGUAGGAGAUGAAGUCCACCUGCUCUGUCUGGUCGAUGGAGAUCCAGUUGACUGGACAUAUGAGCUGUACAAGAGUGGAGAUGAAAAUCCUCAUAAAACUCAAAUGGAGAAGAACUUCACCAUCGGCCCUGUGACUCUCUCACAUAAGGGGAGUACAAGUGUCAGGCAGCAAGAGGGGCACUUUAUUCGAGUUUUAGUAACCCCAUUCAGUUACGGAUGUCAGAUUUUUCAACCCAGAAUUGCCUUCGACUUGGAGCAGCGGGGCUGGUGCUGAUUGUGCUGGCAAUCAUUAUGAGCAAGUGUUUCUGGAACAGAGUGCUUCCAGCUGGCGGAUCCGGUGGAUAUGCAUAUACUUCAGG